AUGGACACGAGUCUGAGUCGGGAUUGCUCCUUUUGCAUCCGGAUCCUUUGUUCCGUGAAGCUCUUCACUGCUGCCGUGGCUGAGCGGAAAGGGAUCCUGUCCACCCUUGAACCCGAGCUCGUUGUAGUUGUGCACAAACUCUUUGACGUCGUCCAGCAAAGUGUUGAACUGCUUCUCCAGGCCCAAGUGGCCCUUGGGCACCGCGUCAAUGAGUUCUUGCGUCUGCGAAUGAGCAUGGUCCUGAUGAUCGUGAUGGUCGUGGGAGUGAUCGGGGUUCUGGUGCUGGUCGUGGUCGCCGGAAUGGUGGUGGUGGUGCUCAUGGUCGUGGUCAUGGUCGUGGUCGUGGUGGUCGUGCACAUUGCCGUGCAGCGCCUCUGUGCCGUUGUUAUCAUCGUGAUGGUGGUGCUCGUGGUCGUGUUGAGAAAUGGGCCUGACCCUGAUUCCGAGCCCUGGGUGCUGUGGUUCCACCUGAAAAACAUUGCGCGUGCGCGAAGAAUACGAGAAAACAUCAGUGAGAACAAAAGACAACAAAAGACGGAAAGAGAGUUCGCGAAAACAACACUCGGGAGUAAAGUGAUGGCAAAUCCAGAAGACAACAUGGACGUGGUGAACGUAUUCGCCGCCGCUGCAAUGGUAGAAGCCGAAAACGAAGAACCAGGCAAUCCAAAUGGGAAUGAAUCAAACAAACAUGAAGAACGAACAGUGAGGUUCCCGACGAUUGCAACCGACUUCAUGAAUGAGCUGGAGAAGCUGAGCUUGGACUUGUGGAAACGUCUCGUGGAAUGCUUGGCAGUGAUAAAAAAUGAAUUCCUGUGCGACAGAAUGAUAGAAGGAUCACAAGCCUCGUUGAACCGAAAGAAGGCGAAGUUAAUGUCAGUGGAGGAAGAACAUGUGAAACUGGCACAGUCGGAAACGACAAUGGUAACAACGCUAAACGCCCGUCGUUGCCUAAUUGAAGACUCAAACAAGGCCGAAACUGCAGCAAUGACGAGAUUACGAAAGGCCUUUACGGCAAUAACGAAAGUGGAUCGAGAUCACCUAUUGCGAGGUUUUAUGGAACCAACAGAACUGUUCCUAAGUUUGAACAACAAUGACGAAUUAAAGAACAUGGGCGAUACAAUUGAAAUAAAGUUGGGAAACGUAACGCUACACGUGGGAAAGGAAAGAGCACUAGAAAAAAUCUGGCGUGAAUCCUUAAAACUACACGUAGAACCCGACUUGGAAAGAACAGAUAUGUCACAAAUGGAAGUAAUUGAGGGCGGAACAAUUAACCUGGGAACAAUCGAAGCUUCCGCCGUGUUCAUUCUGGACAAGGAGGAUCCCAAAGAAAACAAAGUGGAGGCGAUAAUGAACCCGAGCGCAAUUGCACUGGGGCCAAGAACAAGGGACGGAUACGGGUUCGUGCACUUGUCGAUGAUCUUCAGGAUCUCAAAAUUCUUUCCAAUUUCACCACCGAAUUAUUUUGCCAACGUAGCGGCAGAAAUGGGAUUGACUCAUGAAAUCUAUGGAGAGUUAAAAGGGAAGAGCAUUGACCUGCCUAUCCCAGGCACAAUCGUCGACAAUUACAAAUUUAGCACAGAACGAACCCUGAUUGAAGGAGAACCACGACGAAAUUCCUCGAAAAAAGCCAUCAUGCUGAUUAUGGACUAUGAGUGGGUGGUCGUUAGUCGUCGGAAACGGAGUGAUGUCUGCGGAAUGUCUGAGAAUGCUAAUUGAACAUGAUCUAAACCUGGCGCCAGACUUUAAAUUUGCACAAGCAUACAUCAGAGGAGGGACAAACGACAUUAAACAGCUAAUAAAGGGCACAGAAGGAGGAGAGAUAAAAUCAUUUAAUGAUUUCAUGGAAAAAUACUCGAAGUACCUGAAGGAAAUAUCAAAGUACUUUAAGUGCCCAGCAAUUGCAUUAGGCGCUUCCCUACCAUGCUUGAGACCAGAAGUGAACAGGACAGUCGAAUUGGUACGAGAUGAAAAAGGGAUUCCACUAAUUCCACUAAGGUCGGUAAACAAGGAGCACAUUAAUACGACUACAAAAAUGGAGGCAGCUCGAGUGUAUCAAGAAGCAUUAUACGCGGAAUUGGAGCGCCGAAUUGGCAUUUUGCAAGAAGCGGACGAAAAUCACAAAGGCUGGUGGGCAAUUCCCACACCAAUUGACUAUUUACGUCGUUACAGCAAGACCCAUGGGAAUUUGAUACAAUUUGGACACCUGACACCGAAUGGGAUUCUCGGAUUUGCACGAGACCACAACGUGGCAUUUCGUGCAGGCCUGAGUUUAUUAAAAACACCCAACGACUAUCCAAUUUACCCGUGUGUCGGACGCCCACCUUAUUGGUCAUGUAACGGUGGAAUUGUAGAAGGGCGAAAAGCAUCUGCUAAACAUACCCACACAGGAACGGCAGGAAGAACGGGACA